UGUUUGGAUUUUUUAAACUAAUAAUUCAGGUUAUGGUGAAAUAAAAUUAUGUAGAUUUAAUUGAAAAAGGUCAUAUCUACCUCUGAAUUCAGAAGACAUCAUCCAAUGCAAAAAUUGUGCUUUUUGUUUUUAGUAUGUUAUCUGCUAAUGCCUUCAGGUUAAGGCAAUGAGUAUAUCAAUGUGCCCGGUGAACUGCUGCAGAAGUUCAGAGUUAAUGAUGGUUUGGUCCCACCAACAAGCCAGCAAGUGCUGGACAGAGAGAUCAUUUUGGAACUGGAGGUGAUAUCCAGAACGUGAAUCAACAUGGGUUUCAGGCUAUUAGCUUGUCUCUUCAACUUCCCCAUCGGAGUAGUCUAUGGAUCCCUGUCUCUCUUUAUUUCAAUUUUGCACAAUGUGUUUCUCCUCUACUACGUGGACACCUUUGUUUCUAUAUAUAAAAUUGAUAAACUUUCCUUUUGGAUUGGGGAGACCGUUUUUCUGAUUUGGAACAGCCUCAACGAUCCGCUGUUUGGUUGGUUGAGUGACAGAGCUUUUCUUAGCACCCAGCAGUCUGGAGCAGCAAUCUCCACUCCAGAAGUUGUUCUGAAGAGACUCAAAGCUCUAAGCCACAAUGGUCCAUUAUUUGCUGUAUCAUUUCUGGCUUUUUGGAUUGCCUGGGCCCACCCAGGCUUACAGUUCCUUAUCUGUCUCUGCCUGUAUGACAGCUUCCUUACCAUGGUGGAUCUAAACCAGAAUGCUUUGCUUGCUGAUCUUGCUGUGUCUGCAAAGGAUAGGACUGACCUCAACUUCUACUCUUCACUCUUUAGUGCCAUUGGUUCCCUCUCAGUCUUUAUGUCCUAUGCUGUAUGGAACAAAGAGGACUUCUUCUCCUUCAGGGUAUUCUGUGUGGCUCUGGCUUUCUGCUCAGCACUUGGGUUUACCUUGGCCACAUGGCUGCUAAGGCAGUGGCUUCAGACGGAUGGACAUGUGAAAUGGGAUGAAAAUGAGGCAUUAAAAGAAUUAUAUAUUGAUCAUCCUUCUAGAAAUCAAGAGAAAAGAAUCACGCUGGCUGAGUACCUCAAGCAGCUCUCCAGGCAUCACAAUUUUCUAUGGUUUGUCUCUAUGAAUUUAAUGCAGGUUUUUCACUGCCACUUUAAUAGCAACUUCUUCCCUCUGUUCUUGGAGCAUUUGCUGUCUGAUCACAUCUCCCUCUCAAUGGGAUCAUUUCUUCUAGGUGUGUCUUACGUGGCUCCUCAUCUCAACAACCUCUACUUCCUUUCUCUCUGCCGGAGGUGGGGUGUGUAUGCUGUGGUGCGAGGGCUUUUCUUCCUGAAGCUGUUGCUCAGUGUGAUUAUGCUCCUUGCUGGACCUGAUUGGAUCUACCUGCUCUGUUUCUUCAUAGCCAGUAACCGUGUGUUUACUGAAGGGACUUGCAAAUUGCUGAACCUGGUGGUGUCGGACUUGGUGGACGAAGACUUGGUGCUAAAUCGGAGGCAGCAGGCUGCCUCAGCCCUCUUGUUUGGCAUGGUGGCCUUGGUAACUAAACCAGGCCAGACUUUUGCCCCCUUGAUUGGCACCUGGCUGCUUUCAGCUUACACUGGUUAUGACAUUUUUCAGCGGGAUCCUCUGAGCAGUAUAGUGAGUGCCCAGCCAAGGUUGGCUUCCAGUGUAGCCUGGAAACUUACACUACGCCAGGGCUGCUUCUACCUCCUCGUUUUUGUCCCCAUGACCUGUGCUUUACUGCAGCUCCUCACCUGGUCACAAUUCAGCUUGCACGGCAGACGCCUUCAGGCAGUGAAAUCUCAACGUCAGGCUUUUACAGACAGUCACUCUCGAGAAAUCAAGACUAUUUAAUUGCAAGUGAAUAUAACAGCGAGCAGCGUCUUCCCACUGUCAAUGAGUGCAUGACCCAUUUAAAAAGGAAGAGUAGGACUAAAAAGGGGAAUUGUUGCAUCAUCUUCAGAUCAGCAUUGGCUAGUGGAGGAUAAAUGGAAGCUUUUGAAUUACCUUGGAUUUCCUGUGAGGCUGGCUGGGGUCUGGUCAUCCUUGUAGAAUUCAUCGAGGUUUGAAAGUUUGUGUCUUCUGUAUCCAAAAUUGUCCAGAAAAGCGAUCACCGUGUAUUUUUAAAAGUCUUUUGUCAAUUACUUGCUGAUCAUGUUGAUAUUAAUUCAUUUCCAGGCUUGGGAGAUAAGCAGUCAGAUUACCAAUAAUGCAUAUUAAUAAGGGAGGGAUAAAGUUGAGUAAAUUGGCAACCUUCUGGUCUUUGUGUCCCAUCCUCCUGUUUACAGACAGCUUUGCCACAGGUGACAGGGUUCGUGUGUUCCAUUAUCUCUAUUCUGUUUUGCAUUGGAUUGGUGGUCAAGUUUGAUUUAGCUGAAUACAGCUGGAAUAAAUGUAACUUAAUGAUUUCUCACUGUGGACAACAGGGUACUCAGUUUCUGUAAAACAGCUUCUCUGAUAUUGAAACUGGACAUGUAUUGUCAACAUUGAUCUUUUUCAAGAGAAUGGAUAUACUGUAUUCCCACUCAUAGCUUCAAGAUAGAAAUCUGUUUUAAAAAGGAGCAUUCUGGAGGUGGAUGCAGUUGUCAGUAUUUGAAACUGCAUUUUCAACCUGUCCUGGAGUCUCAGUGCUUAUGCUGGAAAUUCCCCUGUUCUGCAUAAGGGUGAAUAAGGACUAGAGUGGUCUGUGCGUAUCUACAGGACCAGUGCAAAUGUUGAUUUGUCCAUGGAUGGCUGACAACAAUUCUGCUUUUCUGAGAACUGUCCUGUGCUAAGAAAGUUGCCACCUGAUGAGCAGAACUGCCUAUAAAAUCAUUUUUAUGCAGAAAUACUUUUAACAGGAAAUGGCCUAGACCAGUGUUUCUCAACCUUGGCAGCUUGAGGAUGUGUGGACUUCAACUCCUAGAAUUACCCAGCCAGCCUGCCAAGGUUGAGAAACACUGGCCUAUAUUAUAUAUCAGAAAUAGCCUUGAUUUCUCCAGAUAUUUUGGACUACAUUUCCCAUAAUUCCCUGAUCAUAAUUCAUGUUAUCUGAAGAUAAUGGCAUUUUAGUCUAAAAUGUUUGGAGGGCACCAGGUGCUUACCCUUGCUGUCAAUUAUGUGCAAUGGCUGUGAGAGAGGUUCCUCAUGAAAUUCCGGUAGGCAGCUAAUAGUACUAGCAGACUGACUUUGCUCUACCUCUGCAGUAUAGAAGGACAAGCUGAAAAUCUGUUGGUCUGCUUUUUUUCUGUUUGCAUCUUUUAUUGAUUGGUCAUUGGCAAAAGAAGCUAGGCAAAUGCCAGGCUUUUUGGGAAUCAUUCAAAAAAAUCCAGUGUUUUUGUUUUUAGGGAGCAGAGAAAUCUAUUUUCUCUGCAAAUUGAACCAGAAAUGCCAUUGAUUGAAUAGGACAAACUUGCAUUCAGGGGCCUGUGAUUUGGCAUAAAAUAAUACUGCAAAACCAGCUGCAGAACUCCAAGUGGCACUUUUAGAGUGAAGGUCUGGGGUGGGAAAGGGGAAGAAAAAAGUUGCAACCAACAUUUUUGGCUGUUUGUUGCUCUAGUAAAAAUAGAACAGUUCAGAUCACUGUAGGACCAAGUCACAUCUUCCUUUGUGUGUGCCAAGUAUCACUUUCUUCGUUUAGGCAGUAGCCUUAGCUGCUGCAACUGCCAUUUUGCCUUCAAAGAAUAGGAAUCAGGAUGAUGAAAUGUUUACAGCUUUUGUACAGUUGGAUGGCUUCAUUGUACUUUAUUGCUCUCAAUUUAUAUCCUCGUUGCAUUGAUUCUCAUUUAAUUAAACAUCCUUUUUUAAAU